AAUAUGAGAAGCAUAACAGGAGUGAUAUUGAUUCUGUUGUUGAAUUAGAGCGUUUUGUGUAGUCCAAAGAAGAUCAACACAGAUUUUUUGAAUUUAUUGAGUUCAAAAACAAAUGUAUUGAGUUCUUAGGAUGCAAUUCAAUCUGUUUUAAUACUUUUGGAAGACUUGUAAGGAGCGAAUUUAGAAGCUCAAGAUAAGGCAGAUUUAACAUUUUAGAGAUUUGAGAAUGCUAUUUUAUAGGAUAUAAAUGAGUUUUCAGGAAUAGUGAAUGUGAAUUCAAAGAGUGCAGCUGCUGCUCAAUAAGAUUGGGAAGCUGUGGAGUAAGGGUUUAUAUGAUAAUUAAGUCUUAAGAUUUAACAAACAACAGAUUAUUUGAAUUGGAAUAACAAGAGAUACAAGGGAAACGAAGUUAAAUUGGAGAAUUUGGCAGAGUAUGACAGUAAUCAUAAAUAAUUUAGAUAACGUUGUGAGGCUAAUGCAUUGUUUAUUGAUACAUUAAGAGAAUAUAAGAAUGCUCUUUCAGUGUUGGAUUGGGUCAAAAGCGAUGCACAAAGCAAAUAAACAAAUUUGGUAGAGAAGAGUCAUGUAGGUGAUUAUGCUGAGAAGUUGAGCAAAUAUGCAAAUUUAUUUGAAGAGUAGGCAGUAUAAGACUUCGUGAAGUUGGGCGAUGAUGAAACUACAUUUUCUUAAUCAAGUAAAAAAUUUAAUAUAAAAAUUGAAGGAUAAAGAGAAAAUGGGGCAUAAUUAGUAUAGUUGAUGACAAAGGAUGUAGUAGGUGUGGUAUAAUAGUUGAUAGAGAAAUUGAGAGAGACAAUAAAGGGAUUGGAAGAGUAGGAGAUUUAAUCAGCUAAUGAUUUCGCAGAUUUCAAGACUAAUCUAUUAGCUGAACAGGAGUCUUUGAAAUAGGAGUAUGAUGCUAAGGCUAAAUUCUUAAAUUCAUUACAAAAUGACAAGGAGUUGGCAUCUGAUAUUUUAACAAAGAAGAAGGAAUUGCAGGAGUAGAGCACGAGAAUUUUGAGUCUAACAUAAGGUAAUGAUUUUGAAUGAGAUGUAGAGGAGUUCAAUUACAAAAAGAAGUUGUAUAAUGAAGAGAAGACCAAGAGACACGAGGAGAACCAAUUGUUGGAGGAAUCUCUAUUGAUAUACAGAGAAAGGAUAGCAACAGUUAAUGAAUAUUUGAAGAAGAGAGUGAAUGAAUAUGUUGGAGAUUCCUUGAUUGAAGAAAACGUUGUAAGCAAAUAGCAGUCUGUUUCGUAAAGAAAAGGAUAAUGAGUAUUUCUUUUAUU